AUGUCAGUCGCAAACCAGAAGUACCUCAAGGAUCAAUGGAAAGCCCUUGGCCAUUCGCCACAUAAGGAAUUGAUAUACGUUCUGUGGGCAUACAGAACGACUCCUAGAAAGGGGACAGGCGAGACACCUUUCAGACUCGCCUAUGGCACUGAAGCGGUAAUCCCAGUAGAAAUUGGCGUACCCAGCAUCAGGGUGAACUACCUGGAAGAAGAAACCAACGAGGCUAGAACAAGACUAUGUCUAGUCCUACUAGAGGAAAGAAGAGAUGAAGCAGUAGUCCGAGCCACUACAUAUAAGAAACAAGCUGCAAGAUAUCAUAACAAGAGAAUAAAUUCGAGAGAAUUUCAAAAAGGCGAUCUAGUCUUACGGAACGCAGAAAUUGGCAGAGGAAACGCAGGAGUAAAGUAA